AUGCAUAUUCCACCCAAGGAUGUGGUCGAUGGGGAUUGUGUAAGGAUUUUGACGUUCAAUGUGAACGGAGUAAGAACGUUGUUUCACUACAAACCCUUCCAUGAUUGGACCCCAUCUCUCACCAAAACAUUUAAUUACUUCAAUGCUGAUAUCAUCACUUUUCAAGAGCUGAAAGUAUCUAGGGAGAACAUAGAUGCGAAACUCGGGUGUAUCGACGGGUUCCAUUCGUUCAUCUCCAUCCCUAGCACGAAGAAAAGUUAUUCCGGGGUUGGCGUAUGGGUCAGAAAGUACCCAUCCGGCCACCCAUUGAGCCCAUUUCUCACGGUGCUCAAAGCUGAAGAGGGUAUUAGUGGUUAUCUACCUAUUAAACUGACCAAAAACUGCACCGUACGUUACAGGGAUGAUCCCAGUAUUGGUAUAGGUGGUUACGUUGACACUCUGGAAGAAGCAGAUGCAUUGAAAUUAGAUUCAGAGGGUCGAUGCGUUAUGAUUGAAUUGGCUUGUAACACCGUAGUAAUAUCAGUGUACUGCCCUGCAAAUUCGACAGGAACGGACGAGGGCGAAUUGUUUAGAUGCCACUUCCUAAGGAUGCUAUUUCAAAGGGUUAAGAACUUGGAAACUAUGGGGAAAAGAGUCGUCCUAAUGGGCGAUUUGAAUGUUUGUAGAGACCUUAUAGACUCAGCUGACGCAAUACAAGAACUCGGUCUGGGUAGUUACAAAGGUGGAUGUGAACUUGAAGAUAAGUGCGCGGUACAGGCACAAAACUUCAUAAUGGACCAUUCAAAACCGCAUCGAAGGUUUCUUAAUCAGCUACUUUGCGACUCGAUAAUCCCAGAAUUAGCACAAGGGGGACUGUUGUUGGAUUCCACAAGAUUUAUCCAAAAGAGAGAUCGAUUGAAGAUGUACACUGUUUGGAACACCCAAAAGAACACACGCCCCAUGAAUUUUGGUUCGCGAAUAGACUUUAUCCUAGUGAGCAACAAGCUUCAACAGUCGAUACGGGAUUCCAACAUUUUACCGGAUGUCCAAGGAUCAGAUCAUUGUCCAGUGUACACAGAUUUACGUUUGGAUAGUGCGCUUACGGGAGUUACUAUGUCACCGAAAAUCCCGAGGUUUGAAGCCAAGUACAAAUAUAAUCUGUUGAACCAUAACGUCAUGAGCAUGUUUACCAAAGGUAAAAGUAAAACAUUGACACCAAUAUCUCCUACUUCACAAGCAGAAUCACGAGCUACAGCAACUGCAAUUGAUGUUAAGAAGCGACCCGCAUCAAGAACAAGUUCCAUUGACAGUUUCUUCAAAAGUUCCAAGCAACCAAAACUUGUAACUCCUUCAAAUGAACCAAUAUUUAUGACACCUUCCCAAGAAUGCACUAUCACAGUACCAAAGACGCUAAAAAAGGCAACUGUUCCCUUUUUCAAGAACGCCUUUGGUGACCCACCUUUGUGUGACCACGGGGAAGAAGCGACUCUAAAAACAUCAAAAACCUCCAGCAAUCCUGGGAAGAAGUUCUGGAUCUGUCGAAGAAGCAGAGGCGAUGACAGGAACAAAGAGGCUUCUUGUAAAUUCUUUCAAUGGGCAUAG